UCCCAAAGGACCCACCCUUUCCCCAGCUCCCUUCUUUGGGGCGUCAAGCCAGCCACGCGCUCUCUGGCCCCACCUACGUGGCCGGAUGCCAAGGGCAGGGCGAGCAGAGCGUGGUACGAGCAGGAUGAACUGAAUUUGUAUUUUUAAAAAAAAAACAAAAUAAAAGUUGGGGAAGUCCAGAGGAAAAACUUCGGAAGAAGAACUGAGCGCGAAGGAGGCCGACCGGUCGUCUGCGCCCCUGCCCCGCGCUGCGCUGCCAACAGCUGCCAGGAUGAGUUUCCUUCUCUUCGCAGUCACUGCCCUCCACGUUCUCAUCCUCAUUUUACUCUUUGUAGCCACAUUGGACAAGUCAUGGUGGGUUCUGCCUGAUAAAGAAACAGUGAACAUCUGGUAUGAAUGUUUGAUGGACAACCACUACCAGAAUUGGACUUGCCACCCAGUGUCUGAUAGUAGAUGGCUUCACGCAGUCCAGGCUUUCAUGGUUUUAAGCCUUCUCUUCUCUAGCAUGGCCUUCAUUAUUUUCAUGUGGCAGCUCUACACGAUGAAGCGGGGAAGCCUCUUUUAUGCCACGGGAAUCUUCCAGAUAUUGACUGCUGUCUCCGUGUUCACAGCUGCCUUGAUCUACACUAUCCAUGUGGACACGUUCCAGCGUGGCCGAAUGCCGGGCGGCUCCUACGGUCACUGUUUCGUGCUAGCCUGGUUUUCCUUUCCCUUGGCUCUUAUCAGUGGGAUCGUUUAUAUCCACCUUCGGAAAAAAGAGUGACUGACAAUAGGGAAAUUUCCCCAUUUGCCUUGGAAGGAGACGUGUUCUCUAAAUUUAGCUAUGCAUUCAUUCUUUGCAGUUUUUGAAAGCACUCAUGGCACAAAAUUCUAUGCAAUGUGUAGCUUGAUCCGUAGGGGUUAUUGGCCUAUGAAUGCAUGACUUCUGUUUGCAUAUUUUUGUGUACGUCCCAUGAUGUGGGAAGUUAAAGAUGUGCCAUCACACUGGGCAUUUGUUUAGUCUCUGAGAGGUUACCAUGAAUUAAGUACAGGUAGGCUGUGACUUACAACCACAAUUGGGACUGGAACUUACAUUGCUAAGCAAUGUGGUCAUUAAGUGAGUUGCAUCUGAUUUUACGACCUUUUUUUGCCGCGCUCGUUAAGCAAAUCACUUGGUUGUUAAGUGAAUCAUGUGGCUUCCCCCAUUGACUACGCUUGUUGAAAGCCCCCUGGGAAGGUCAUAAAUGGCAACCAUGUGACCCCGGGACACUGCAACCGUUGUAAAUACAUGCUGGUUGCCAAACAGCCAAAUUUUGAUCAUGUGACCAUGGGGAUGCUGUGAUGGUUGUAAGUGUGAGGACCGGUCACAAAUAACUUUUUUCAGUGCCAUCGUAACUUUGAACGGUUGUUAAACAAAUGGUCAUAAGUCGAGGACUACCUGUAUGUGAAUAUUUUCCUGGCAAAAUGGUAUGUCAUGAUGCCAUCAUAUCAGCCUAUUCAGGGUUCACUUCUGGAGAAAUGUUUGCUUCUUCUUUUUUUAAUUAUGUACAUGUAGAUUAUACCCACCUUUUACUUUUCCAAAAGAGGGAACAAUAUAUUCACUCUGUAGUGUUUUUUUAGAAAUAAAUCAUCUCCUUUUUUGAUAAUCUGCAGUGUGGCAAACAAUUCCCCCUCCCUUUUUUUUUAUAGAAAUCCAUUUUUAUUUGAAAUACAUAUUUUAAUGGAAAAAAACAUGCAGAUACAUUGGUAGUAUAGAUAUAAAAUAUAUUUCUUUUUCACGGUUGGCAAAUGGAAGGCAAACUGAAAUACAAUGUAGAAGUAUUUUCAUGGGCUUUUUAAAAGACUCAUUUUAAAAAUGGAGGUUAAAUAAGAACCUGAUUCUUAACAUUUUGGUUUUCUUACAGAUAUUUCUGUCUUUUCACAUUUGCCACUUGGGAGCUAAAGCACUGUGUGGAUAAAAUUCCUAUUAAAUUGCAGUUGAAAAUCAUUGAACCUUUUAAAGUUUUAAGAACAGGCAGUAGAAUCUGUUUAUUGCUUGUUCAGAAAAGUUUCUACUAAUCCUAAAAACCUGCACUGGUUUCUCAACUCUUGAGGGAUUGUGCUAGAACAGCUAGACGACGUGAAGAGACUGCAGCUCACAUUUGGUUGCUGAAAUGAUGUAUAAAAAUCAAAUUCAUCCCCUGAACUUUUAACCUUAUAAUGUGAGAGCAUGUGCCAUUAUUCUUCAAAAAGUGCCCUCUUAUUAUAAGUAGGAACAUCUGUGGGGAGGUCAAAAAAGUCAAGAUGGUGGCCAUAACCAUGCUGACCCUGCCUUUUGUAUGCAGCACAUAUACAAAAUUAGUGGGCUUCAAUUACACAGGUGCUACUGUUCUGCCAUUUCCACUUUUUUCCCUCUAUUCCCAGAAAUUAGUUUCAUUCUACCUUUGGCAUGUCCCCCCCCCCCCCCCAAAAAAAAAUUAGCUUCAGAAACUUCUACUUAGGGACAGUUGGUAGGGAAAAGAGCUACUUAUAUAUAUAUUUGUGAGUUUGGUUGGUGGGAUAUUGACUACCCCGUAUCUAAGAUCUUUGUUGCUGUUUCUUAAAACACCAGAUGCCUUUCUAGUACAGAUAGUCCUCUUUAGUGACCACAGUUGGGACUGGCAACUUGGUCAUUAAAUGAAGCAGUCGCUAACUGAAAUUGUGACUGUGCUUGCGAUCUUACUUCAGCUAUCCUUUGCUUUACCGACUUGUGAAGGUCAUAAAUGCGAGGAUUGGUCACAAAAUUACUUUUUCAUCAUGGUCUUAACUUGGUCACUAAAUGAGGCAGUCACUAAACAAGGACUACCUGUAACUCUCAGUAACUAUUCAGUGAGUUACCACCAGUUGUGACUCCCUUUUCAGCGGAUGUACAUUUGCAAAAGUAUUUAUUUGUCCCACUCAUACUAAAAUAUUUCAGGUUGCCUAACUAAUCCUAGAUCUUGUUUGCCUUCUUUCCAGCUUUUUCCAAAUGUAUCUCCUUUUAUUCCUAACUACCUGGCUGAGAAUUACAGGGACUGUAGGCUGCCGAAUCAAAAAAUCUGCAGUUUAAGGAAUGUUCACAUAAUUAUGCCUGUAUACCACCUUUCUUCAACUGCCCUGCUCCUCCAGUAAUUUCUGCUUGGCAACUUGGUUGCAAGUCCCCAAAUUGAUGGUUUCUGCAAUGUCCCCUUUCAUUUUCUUCCAAUGGCUUUUAUAUUCUAUACGUAUUUUAGGAAUUAAAAAGCAAUGAAAAGA